AUGCGCGCCAGGGGCGCAGGCUGCCCCGCUUGGCUGCUGGCCCUCGGAUGGCUGAUCCUGGUGGGCCUGCAGGCCUCGCAGGCAUCGAAUGUCACCUCCUCCAUCCAGGAUCCCGGCAUGGCCCGCGAGGGCGAGAGCAGCAGCGAGAACGAGCCCGAGGAGGAGAUUGAGAACGAAGGCGAAGUGGUUGAGACUGAUACCACGAUCGAGGCCGAGGAAGAGGUUCAGAACAAAACAGUAGUCAAAGAAGUAGAAUUCGGAAUGUGCACAGUCACGUGUGGUGUUGGUAUCAGAGAAGUAAUUUUAACCAAUGGAUGCCCUGGAGGUGAAUCCAAAUGUGUUGUUCGUGUGGAAGAAUGCCGUGGACCUGUUGAUUGUGGCUGGGGUAGACCAAUUUCUGAAAGUCUUGAAAGUGCUAGACUAUCAUGUAUCCAUAUAUCUCCUGAAAAUCGUUUCAAAUAUGUAUGGAAGCUCCUAAAGCCAGAUCAACAACCUGUUAUACUGAUAAAUGACUCAGCAGUCCUGGAAGUACCAAGAGAACUUCAUCCUAUGGCUUUCGAGUGUGACACCUUGGACAAUAAUGAAAUGGUGGCAUCUGUUAAGUUCACAGUCUAUACAACAACUGAAUUGCAGAUGAAAAGAUCCACCAGACCAGACACUGAUGCCGUCUUAGUCUUCGUGCUGACCAUAGGAGUCAUCAUCUGCAUAUUUGUGAUCUUUGUAUUGAUUUUCAUAAUCAUAAAUUGGGCGGCAGUGAAAUCCUUCUGGGGGGCAAAAGCCUCAACAACUGAGAUACAGUCCGAGAUGAGCUCUAUGAGGUACAAAGAUUCGACAUCACUUGACCAGUCACCAACAGAUAUACCUGUACAUGAAGACGAUGCUUUAAGUGAAUGGAAUGAAUGAUGUAUGGAUGACAUAUGAGAAACUAGAGACCAUUAGAACAUAUCAGAUUCAUUAUUAUGAAAAUAAAAUAUAUACUGAAAA